AUGGAUGUCCAAAUAAUGGAAAAGGCUUAUGACAUGAUUAAGCAAAAUGUUUUAUAUAGGAAAACACCAAUGAUACCUUUGGACAAAACAAUAGAUUUGCCAAUAUAUGUUGGUUUAUACUUAAAGCUUGAAAAUAUGCAAUAUACAGGUUCUUUUAAAAUAAGGGGUGCUAUAAAUCAAAUUGCAAAUAUGGAUAAAGAUAAUUUUAAAAAAAAGCUUGUAACUAUAUCUACAGGAAACUAUGGAAAAGCAUUGGCGACUAUAUCAAAAGAGCUUAAAUUAGACUCACUAAUAAUUAUGCCAAACAAUGCUUCUGAUGAAAGUGUUCAAAUAAUAAAAGAAUUACGAUCUAAUGUUGAAUUAGUUGAUAAAAAUUUAUUACAAAAAACACUUGAUGAUCAUGUAAAGAAUGAUAACAUUUGUGGAUAUGAAAUAUUUCAACAAUGUCCUGACAUUGAUAUUGUUAUUGCUUCUUGUGGUGGAGGGCAGUUUUUAGCUGGCAUAUCAUCUGCAAUAAAACAUAAGAAACCAAACUGUAAAAUAUAUGGUGUUGAACCAUAUGGAGGGGAUAUCGGAUUGGUGAAAAAUAUGUGGAUCAGCACAGCCCUAGUUCAAUAUUACCCUUUCAAGCAUUAA